AAGAGCAGUGGUGGUGCCAUUGUGUCUCGGUCUCAAGCCGUUUGUUUCUACCGCUGGCGUCCGCACCGCAGCAUAUCGCCGCUCUCUCUCCGCUUGCACGCGCGCAGCGACACAGGGACGGAGCCGGCUCGGGGACACACCUACCUCCGCAAUCCCUGCUAUCUCGGCUACCGCACGGAAGCAUCCAUUGUAUCAUCGUCGUCAUUAUCAUCGUUAUCAUCAUUAUCAACUUUAUCAUCAUUAUCAUCUUUCAUCUUUAUCAUCAUUAUCCUCGCCGCUCGCUUUCAUGCCUUCCUCUACCGCUCCUCCUUCGCGGACGAUUCAUCCGCGCGCGGUCCCCGCCUCCCCCUCCGCCUCCCCUUCCGCGCACCAGCGAAACCCGUCGUUCGCGGAGUGGUCGUGUGCGCACCGCGGAGGCUCUCUUUCCGCCGCCUGCGCCUGCUGCUGCGCCGCCAGACCCGACGGCUGGUCCGCUGCUGCGAGUAGCAGGGGCGCAGGGCAUGAGGGAAAAGAGCUGGGGGAAGGUCAGAGCGGAGGGGAGCAGAGAUGUCAGGGGGAAUGCGGGUUUAGGGCAGGUGUGCACGAGAACCCUAUCGACAGUACCAAGUCCAGGAGUGGGGAUGGGAAUGCGGAUGAGCCUUCAAAUGCAUCAGCAGCAGCAGCAGCAGCAGCAGCAGCAGCAGGAGCAGCAGGGUCAGCAGCUGCAGUGUCAGCAGCAGCAGGGUCAGCAGCAGCAGGGUCAGCAGCAGCAGGGUCAGCAGCAGGGGACAUGCCAUUGUCGGUUUGCCGAACUUCCAUGCCCGUGUGUCUGACCCCUGUGGUCCUGGAUGUUCCAGAUGGUGACGCCUCUCUGGCCUCUUCAGAGCUCCUGUUCUCGCCCUCGUUAGCGUCACCUGACGCCUUGUCCGUGCAGCCUGCAUCCCCACGCCCGUUGCUGUCACCGCAGCUGCGCCGGCGCGCACACUCCUCCUCCUCCCCCUCCUCCCCGUCCGCCUCGUCUCUCUUCUUCUCUCCCAUGCAUCCCUACCCCCAUCUGACAUCACCCUCACAAGCCGGCACUGCUAACACUGCAGCCACACCCUUUAAGAUUCCUCACCCGCCCUCAUCCCCUCGGCGCCGCUCCCUCUCCUCCCCGUUCGUCCUCUCUUCUGAUGUGACAGACACAUCCCCUGUGUCCCCCCUACAAGCAGGCUCGCUUCAAGCUGCCCCGCUCAAGUGCACAGUUUCCUUCAGACCUGGCGUUUCAGGAGCAGUUGGACUUGAUUCGGACUCGUUAGUAGUAGCAGAUUCCUCUCUAUCACUUGCCCUCUCAUCGCCUUUACCUGCUGCUCUUGCGACUCCUCCUCCUUCUUCUGCUGUUACCACUGCUGCUUCAGCUGCUGCUGCUGCUGCUGCUGCUGCUGCUGCUGCUGCUGCGGAAGCCUCGCCUUCUCCUGCUCCUGUAGUUCUAUCUGCGAUCAUCAGUGCUUCCUCCUCACAUGCAAACCAGACCCAGACUGGCCGGAAGAAAUUUUCCUGGCCUAAGCACCUGGAACUAGACGAGGAUGAAAAGGAGGAGGAAGAGGGCACUUCUGAGCCGACUCAAAAGCUUGCCUGGCCUAAGCACCUGGGACCAGACGACAAUGAGGAUGAGGAAGGGGAGGAGGAGGAAGAGGAUGGAGGACCGAAGGGGGGGAAUGAAGGUGCAAGGGAGUUAAGUGGGAAAGUGCUGCAGUUGCAGGUUACCUCCGCUGGUAUAGCCUCUCGUUACUCUCGCACCUGCCAGCAAUCUUCAGCCCUAGAGACGAGUCAGGGAAGCGAGGGAGGGGUAAAAGAGGGGAGAGGCGAGGGGAGGGAGGGGAGGGUGGAUCGGAGAAGAGAGGGGAGUAGAGACGGGCAAAGAGGUGUGAGACAGAGAGGGGAGGGGGUGAGUAGUGAAGAGAGAGGAGGCGGCUGUGGUGUGGAGAGGCGCAAGGAAGGGAGGGAGGCACAAAGGAAGAAGCAGCAGAGUCAAAAGUCAAAACAGCAGCAGCAGCAGCAGCAGCAGCAGCAGUUGCAGCAGGGAGAGGAGCAGGAGUCUCUGUUCCACCGCAGGACACCGUCAGGCCGGCUGGAGUACCUCCACAUCCCCCAAAAGGGCCAAAAAGGCCAAAAGGGGUCCAUUUCCCAACCCUUUUCGCCCGCCAGACCUCUCCUCCCCUCCUCUGCUCCAUCCCACUCGUCUCUCUCCCCCCGUCCUUCCUCCUCCCUUUCCGCCUCCACAUCCCCCUCCACCUCCCCCUUGUCAUCUCUCUCGCUGCUGGCAGCAGCACAGCCAGCAGAAGCCGGAGUAGCAGCAGGAGGCACCGCACGACCAUCAAGAGCAGUAGGAGCGGCAGCAGCAGGAGUGGAAGAAUCCGGGGCUGUGGGGCUGUUUUUCCGCAGUCAAUCAGAAUCUGGGACGAGCAGAAGGGACAAUACGCAGCGUGUUAACAAGAGCUCCAAACGGGGUGCCACUAGGAGCCCCACUAAGAGUACCAACAGGGGGAAGGCACACAAGCCCACGGCAAUAGCAGUAGGAGUAGGAGGUGGGACAGAUUCCCAUGAACAUACCCCACACAGCCAUAUAGGGUCAGAAGGAAAUACUGCACGUAUGCAUAGAGGGCCUGAGGAGAAACAGCGUGCAUACAUAGGAUCAGAGGGACACACGCCACGCACCCCACGCAUGCAAAAGGGGGGGUUUAGGGACAAACAGCGAACAUACGUAGGGUCGGAGGGGCACACACCCCGCAGCCCCAAUCCUCUUAGCCCCCAGACGCCAGAGGAGAGGAUGCUCCUAGCGGUGGCGUCUCUUCAGAAGCUGAGAGACGCACUCGCGAGUGAGAGAGAGGGGGGGGUGGGAGGGGAUGUGGUGGGCGGUGGGGGUUGGAAGCAGGAGGGAGCGGCGGGGCAGCGGGAGAGAGGGGGGAUGAGAGGGAGGCAGGAGGCUGAAGCAGCAGACAGCUCAGAGGACGAGGCAGAACUUUCAGUGAACAUUCCCCUGGACCGCUUGCAGCCGUCCUGCCUCUUCCUCCGUCCACACAGCAGCAGCAGCACCCCUCGCCACAGCACCUCCUCCUCUCCUGCCGCCCGCUCUCCCCCCCACCUCACCCCCUCCUCUCCACCAACCCACUCUCCCCACCUCACACCCUCCUCCUCUCCUCGCUCCCUCCCCCCGUCGUCUCCGCAUGUCACUCCCUCUCUUCCUCUCACCAAUCAUGGCUCCUCCCAGGCACUAGCCCCGGUCAGUCCCACCAAUGCAUGUGCACGUGCCACCAACACAUAUGCUGCCUAUGGUUCGGGGCAAGGGCAGAAAAUGAAGCAGGCGCAGGGGCAGCAGGUGCAACUGGGGCAGCCAGGGCAGCCGGGCCAAGGAAGGGAGCGUAGGAGUCAGUCUGCUUCUUCCUCCCCUUUGUCUCGCUCCCCUCGCAAUUGGAUGCUUUCUUUGCCGUUUGGAGGGGCUUCUAAUGGCGUCGGGUAGGGUACCGGUAUGGUAGAUUUGCACAAGACUCCAUGCAAAGGUACUAUGUUAUUUCUAGUUACUGUAUUUGAAGGGAUGCAAUCAGGUAUGUUAUUUGCACAAGACUCCAUGCAAUUAGGUAUGUUGGCAUUCCUAUAUAUAUGUUAGGAGGAUACAUGUGAACUUUGUAGGCUAGCUAGGGUUCAGUUUAUUGGGCGUAUAACGCUCGGAUAUACCUGGCUGUUUUAGCCUUGUAUUGCAGUCA